UUAUGCACUUGUGAGGAAAAUGAUAACAGACGGAAUCAUUGACAAUGAUAACACAUUUCAUGGCAGAUCCUUUAUGAAAUGGGUUCUUAGACAAAAAGGCAAUUCAGGUGCAUUUUGGUGUGGAACAAUAGAAAACGAAAAGGAUGCUGAAAAACUGGGGAAGGAAUUAAUCAAAUAUUUUGAACAGUUUUCUUCAGAUGAUACAGCGAACAACGCUCAACCUGGAGAAAGAUUCCAAGAUUCAAAACACAAACUCAACGGCUACAAAUACAAUGGGAAAAAAGCUUUAUACAACACCAACAGCCCUGAGUCUUUUGAAUCCGGAGAUAUUCUAGAUGACAUACCGCUAGGACAAAAAGUGAUGAAGUUUGGAGCUACGACAAAUCUGACAAUAGGAACUAUCCAGGCUAAGAGUGUUCAAGACAUUGCACUUUGUGUUAAAAAUAAUCAAACGUUAACGUUCAACGGUUUGAUUGCAGUUAGGCCAGAUCCCGAUUUGUUGACAUUCUCAAGAAAAGGUGAUUCUGGGUCUUUGGUUGUCACGCGUGAUGGGCAAAAAGCGGUUGGUAUACUGAUAGCAGGUGGUGGAUCAAAAUAUAAAAAAUGUCAUAUGUCUUACAUUUGUCCUAUCCGAAAUGUCUUAAAUAAGCUUAAAGGAGACUAUUCGCUAGCUAAAGUUAAGGAACACGUAUUAAUAGAGAAAUCCCCAUACGUGGAAAGCCCGAGCGGGGCCGAAGGCCCCGCGUAGGCUUGGAGCGCUGUUAGAUAACAUGAACGACGUAUGUGAAAUAUAUGAAACAAAACUGAAAACAAAUGAGAAAAAUAUUUCCAAUACCAUGCAAAUUGAAUUUCGUCUCCAAGCUGAUCACUACCAAAUAGAAUGUAAGCCUCCGCAGGUCUAGUCACAAGUAGUCCAAAUAUAAAUAGUACUGAUCUUUUUUUCCUUUCCUAGUGCAUUUUCUUGGCAGCAACGUGCUUACUUUUACCCUACCGCGUUUCAGUAUGUAUCACUUUGCAUUCUAAAUAAAUCGGCAUGUUCCUAUCGCAUGCUAUAUAAAAAUGGCGGCGUAAGAAUUUAAUGUCACGAAAAGAGAAAUUGAAAGAAGCGAAAAGUAGCAAAUUCAGCGGGUUGUAUUUAACGAACUGUAGUUUUCUUAUAUAAAAGUUAACACCCCUUUUUCUUUUUCUUUUUCUAAAGUAGCGAUCUAGUUAUUUAUGGGAAUAUAAGUCUCUGAAAAUCUGAUACGCUAGAAAAUGUCGAAAAACCGUUAUGAAGUGAGUGGAUUUUAUGUGAAAUAAAGAACAGCUAGAUUUCGUGGUGUUCAGCCUCCAGCUGUCUGGGGCCGCCAUUGUGAAAGUCUUGAUUAUUUAGGCGCUUAUUGAGUAAGACCGGAAAUUUUGACUUUUGGAAAAUUUAAUUACGACAAUAUUUACUACGACUUGUGUGUGUAUUCAUCUUUAUGGACAUCUUUAUCAAUCCGUCACCAAUCUGAUUUUAUAUGGUGAAAUUUUAAUUGAAAAUAAACGAACUACAACGUAAACGCUACAUUCUAGCAUAAAACUGCUGUUAUUGUCACAUUUCGGGGAUGUUUUAACAGGAGAGAAAACGUGUUUUAACAGGGAGAUUCUCGCGCUCAUGUGCUGUUAUAACACCUUUUUAUAUAUGCGAG